GGGCAGGGUAGUGCAAGUAUUUCCCAUAAGCCUUUGCGCCAGGCUCUCCCGUGAUGCUUUGCAGCAAGAGCAGAACAGCGGCUCCCGCCAGCCCUUGCGCGCGCCAAGAUGGCGUCUGUCUCGGGAUGUCGUUGGACUACUUUUCCCAUCUGCCCUUGCGCCAGAUCCAAGAUGGCGCCUCCCGGGACGUUUCGGGGGACUACAUUUCCCGCCAGGCCUUGCUUGCGGCCCAAGACGGCGCCUCCCGUGAUGCCCCGGGCUUCGCGCGGACUCCAUCCCCCACAGGCCCUUGCGGCGGCGGUGCCGCCUGACUGCGCUUCCCGGCGUGCCCCGCACGGGCGCUCCCGGCAGGCGCUGCAGGUCAUGGCGGCGCUGGCGGGCCCGGGCCCGGGCGGAGCGGGGACGCCGGUGUCGGGCGCUCGGGACGUGUUCGCCGAGGGGCUGCUCCGCUUCCUGCGCCCGGCCGUGCGCCAGCUGGAUGCGCACGUGCACGCAGUGCGGGAGAGCCAGGUGGAGCUGCGUGAGCACAUCGACAGCCUGGCCACGGAGCUGUGCCGGAUCAACGAGGACCAGAAGGUCGCUCUGGACCUGGACCCGUACGUGAAGAAGCUGCUGAACGCACGGCGCCGCGUGGUGCUGGUCAACAACAUCCUGCAGAAUGCACAGGAGCGGCUGCGGAGACUCAAUCACAGCGUAGCCAAGGAGACGGCGCGCAGGAAGGCCAUGCUGGAGUCAGGGGGCUACCCGCAGGGCUCCCCCAGCAAAUGAUGCUGCUGGGCCCAGGCUGCCGUGCUGGACUGAGUGGAUUGCAGUGGGACCUCCAGCUCAUACUUACUGCCCCAAGGGCUGGUCCAGGCCCACAAGCCAAUGGCUGAGGAGAGUUGGCUCCCCCCAGCUCCUGCUGACAUUAGUGCCAAGGAUACCUGGGCCAGCAGCAGGCAGCUCCUUGCUCUGGGGCUUGCCCGCGUGGAGGGAAGGGGAGAUGGUUCUGCGUACCUGCCCCCUGGGCCAGCCGAGACAGCACACACUAACCCCAGCUCCAUGUACUGCACCUCUAGGCUCCAGGUGGCACAAUAAAGUGACCCCCCCCGCUUGCAAA